AUGGCUCCUCCGCCUCCUUUUCCUCCACAUUUUCUCCUGGUAUUCAUUAUCAUCUUUUGUGUUCAUUUCAGUGUCUUAGUUCAAUCUGCAGUUUCCAAAAACCAAACUUUUCGAAUCAUAAACAACGGGGAAUCUACUUUUUGGCUGAGUAGCGAAUACAAUGUUACGAAAUAUGGCGAGGCAGCUAGUAUCAACUUCAUUGGAUCAUCAUCCAAACUUUCUUAUGACCCAUUUGGGUUGUAUUUCUAUAACAGUACCCCUAAUGCAUAUAUUCUUGGCAUUGGAGGUCCUCUUCCUGAUUCAUACGAUUACAUACUCAGGGAAGUUCGUUGGGUUUGGGGUGCUAAUCUCAAUGACCCUGUUCGUGAAAAUGCUACUCUCACUUUCGGACGUGACGGAAAUUUAGUCCUUGCAGAUGCUGAUGGUCGCAUUGUUUGGCAAACUAACACAGCCAACAAAGGUGUUACCGGAAUUUCUAUGAAGCCUAACGGGAAUUUAGUUCUUCAUGACAAAAGAGGGAGGUUUAUUUGGCAGAGUUUCCAACACCCAACUGAUACUCUUUUAGUUGGUCAAUCGCUUCAGCUCAAAGGUAGUAGUACCAAACUCGUAAGACGUACAUCAAACCAAGACAGUCGUGAUGGUCCUCAUAGUAUGAUGAUUGAUGGUAAAAAAGGUUUCAUAAUGUAUCGAAACCAUUCUGGUAAACUUGUUCCAUAUGCAGGUUGGAAAACAAUGGGUCUUUUAAACGUGACAUUUCAUUCUGUUAAAAUGUUUGAUCCAGUUCAAGAUACAGGGCGAUUGUUUGAACGUCCAACGGGGAACACCACUUAUUUCUUAACACUGGGUUACGCUAACCGAACUCGAAGAGUUUUACUUAUGAAAUUGGAUAAAGUUUAUACUGAUUCGUUUCUUAGGUUAGAACAAGAUGGAAACCUCAAACUUCAUAUCUACGUUAUGGGUGGAUAUGAGGAAGUACGUUAUUAUUAUUGGCAUUCACGAACAUAUGCUUUUUUUGGAAAUACGGUGAAAGAAUGUGCAUUAUGA